AUGGCCAGGGCCGCCGGCGAGUCGGGAGCCAACCCCGCCAUGGCCUUGGAGGAAGGUGAGGUCCAGUUCUCACCCCUCUUGUCCGGGUACUACGCAUCCUUGGAGGAGUCAGACGAGAAGGGGCUGCGCCCGUUCUUCUGCGCCUGGGCCGACGGCUCGCCCAUGCAUUUCUUUGCCGUCUUCGACGGCCACGGCGGCCUCAAGCUGUCAGCCCUGUGCAGGGAACAGAUGCACGCCAUCUUGGUGGAGGAGCUCGCCGGCCCGGAAAAUGAAGAAGAGGCGGAGUGUCAUGCGUGGGAGGCGGUGCUGAACCGGAGCUUCGAGCGGGCGGACGCACUAGGGAUGGGGUUGUCGGAAUCGGGAUGGCCCGUCAUGGGGUGCACUGCCGUGGUGGCGCUUCUGGUCCGCGGUAGCAUCCUGGUGGCCAACUGCGGCGACUCCCGCGCCGUGUUAUGCCGUGCCUAUGGUGCCAUCCCGUUUUGA